UGCUGAAUGAAAAUAACAGAGGCCAUUUUGCGCACGGAGCCACGGCAUCAUUCAAUAAUCAUAAAAAGCGGAAACAGGAGGCAGGUUCAGUCCAUUUCGGGACAGACAGGAGUGUUUGAGAGCCGGCGGAGCGGUGUGAGAGCUGCGGGACCGCGGUGCGACUGGCGGCGUAGUCAAACACACAAAAACACAGCGGCAUGCGGUAACUACUUGUGUCGCCGCGUCGCCUCUUCCGUGGUGGUUUGUGUGUUGUGAGGGGGAAAAACGGGGACAGGACGACUUCACCGCAUUGCUAUCCGAGCCCUUGUGACCCCCGAGAGAGGGAGUUGUCUUUACUUAGCUGACCGACACCGGCGACAUCCAUGCGCGUCGAAAAACAGGUGUACGGUUUCAUCACACGGACGCCGCACUAGCUCGCGAGCGUCUGCUGCAGCUCGCGGUCUGUCUGCUCCGAGUUGAGUCAUUACACAUGGAAGAGGCUGAUUACCUGACAAUGUGCUGCGGGAUUAGUGGAGAGAGGCGACGGUCGUUUUAAGGCAUUAAACGGGAUAAGACCUGGGAAUAAAGCCUGACCGGGAGGAGAGACUUAUCCUGAGCGGAGGGAAGAAGACGUAUAAACAAAUCAGAACAUAACAAGACAAAGCGUGAGGAAGAGGCAGUUGGGCUCGCAGCUCACCUAUACCUGACUCUUCCUAGCAAGUCUCCAGUCUUUUGGUUUUAUGACGGAAAGUGUGUUUCCCUGCUGCGUAUCAGUAAGAAGUGCUCUUCAAUAUGAAUACAGAUAGCGGAGGAUGCUCUCGCAAAAGCGUGGCCUUGUCACUCAUGCUCUCUCCCAUGAAGAGGGUCCAGAGCUCACCAAAUCUAGGCACAGGGAGUGAUUCUCACUCAUCAGACUUGGAUUCUUGGCGGUCACGCAGUGUAACAGAUGGCCUUAAGAAUGGAGACGCCAGCAGCUCUUCUCUUGCUGCCAAAGGCUUCCGCAGUGUCAGACCCAACCUGCAGGACAAAAAGUCACCAACACAGGACAUCAAUCACGUGCCGUUGCCACCGCCCAGGAGAGAGAGUUUCUCCUUCUCACCCACAGGCACUAACCCGCCAGACUACAGCUCCCUCGUUGCCCUGGCUAAUGAUUUCAGCCCUGGAACGCUAACAUUCACGCAGAACGAGAAAGCCGUUUUGAAAGAGUCCUACACUAUUAAAAGCACAUCUUCUUACUCCUACUCAGAGACCAAUGCAAACUCAGUCCAGCAGGCACAGCAGUCCACUGUCCAGAAUGAUAUCACCACUUGUAUUGCAUCUGCCGCCACUAAUACACAGGCCCAGGAGCGUAAGGUGUCUUCCCUUAAAAUAACCCCCCUCACCAUCCCUGACCCCCCGGCUCACAGCAACUCUUACCGUGACCCCCUGCCUAAGACCCAGACCACAGGCUCCCCUCCACCCACUUCCCCGCCUCCACAGACAACCUUCUCACAGCCCCUGACACAGGCAGCCUCGCUCGCUGUCCACUUGGGCCCAGAGAAUCCGAAACAUCCACAGCGUCAGCCUUCAAACAACACAGUGGAGCUCAAGGUCCCAGAUCGAGCCUCAAAUCAAACCUCAAGUCCAGCUCCAUCCCAGGUGGAGAUGACGAAGGCUCCUGAGGUUCCACCAAGACCUUCUCCUGCACAGCUGUUGGGCCAGGUCCUCUCUCACGCAAUGAAUGGAAGUACUAGCCAUCCACAGAGGCCCCUCUCUCCUCCAUCCUAUCCUCCUCCACCCACCUCACUCCACACUGGGCUCCAGAGACAGAGCAGGAGUUCAGAGGGCAGUGAGUCAGUUACCAGAGAGUCUGUGGUGUCGGGCCACACCAGCGUCAGCAGCACUGUGCCCAUCGCCCGCUUCUCGGAAGAGGAGAAAAAGGUGUCCAUUAUUAAAGCACCUCAUUAUGAAGGCAUCGGCCCCGUGGACGACUCUGGCAUCCCCAUCGCCAUCCGCACGACGGUGGAUAGGCCUAAGGACUGGUACAAGACUAUGUUCAAACAGAUCCACAAGGUUCACAAAGCGGACGAUGACUAUUCUGACACAUACAAUGCAACAUACGCUGUCAUAAACAAUGAUGACUACAGCCUGCCACCCCACACCACCAUGGCUCACCCCGCUCCCCGGACACAUACGUACAGGCCACUCGCCAAAAGCCCCUCGGACAAUGGAGGGCAUCUGGGCCCUCGGGAGCCUUCGCCAUCCCCCGUUCCCCCACCGCCUCCACCAAUGCCAUCUCUCCUCCAGCUGAGGGCCAGAGACAGUGACCGCGAGAGAGACUCGCCUGACACGAAUGAAUGGGGUCCUCCCAACAGGAAAGUGGACACACGAAAGUACCGUGCAGAGCCUAAGAGUAUUUUUGAGUAUGAGCCUGGGAAGUCCUCCAUUUUGGAGCAUGAAAGACCAACCUAUGAUGACAUAGAUUUAGAGAACGAGCCUUGGUAUAAGUUCUUUUCCGAGCUGGAGUUUGGGCGGCCGCCUCCUAAAAAACGGCUGGAUUAUAAUCCAGACAUCUCCGCUCGCCAGCGCAUUGAGACAUCCCUGCACAUCGCUCCUGCUGACAAGGCUCCGGAGAGACCUGCGAGUGCUGCCAGCGACUACAGGAAGAGAAGGAAGUCUGAGCCGACGAGUUCCCAAGUGAAUGCUCAGUCUCAGAGCAGAGCUGCAACUUCCCCUAAACCAGUGGAUGCCUACAGACCCAGCAGCAGCCUCAAGAAGCCUGCGGUUCGUUCCUCACCAUCCUCACCCUCCAGAGCCAAAGGUGGGGACGCAUGCAACAUGUAUUCAAACAGUUUGACCUCCCCAGGUCCUCAUCAGCGCCCCUCUCUGCCCCCUGUCCCCUCUGACCUUGUCCAUUGCCAGGAGGAUGCCAGCCAGGAGGGCAGCUCCUCCUCCAAGCAGUCUGUCUGUUGUAAGAACAGUUGGCAGACAAAAUGCCAGGAUGCUGAGACAUGGAGCAGUGCUGAGGAGGUACCGCCCGUCCCUGGCAAGCUCAAGUCACGCAGCUGCGAUGACUUACUCAAUGAUGGGCACGCCGGCUCGGGCGGGCGCAACGCAACACGCUCAGAAAGUGCUGGGUCGCUGGUUUGUGAUGGGAAUCCCUCAGGUUCGACCGGAUCCAUGUCCACUCACUCAUUGCCUCGCCUCCACCGCCGACGAGCGCACGAUUCACCGGGUUUUCUCCAGCUCUAUCGUAAGAUGCACCAGAUCGACCGAGCUCAGCUCAUCCCAUCUGAAGUCAUCCGCUCGGUGCGCGCUCGUAUCCUGGAACUAGAGCGCCAGCCUCACCUGCAUCGCCAUCGUCUCUCUCCUUGGGCACCUUCUUGGGGCGUUGAGGUGCCGCGCGAUAUGGUGCCAAACCGCAUUUCUGCAUAUGAGCGCCUUAUUCAGAAGUCCAAAUCCAUGCCCAACUUGGGUGACACUGAGGUGCCUUCAGGCACUACGACGCCAGGUGGCUCGUCAUCUCGAGCCAGCAGUGGUGGCGGUGGCACACCCAGUUUUCCAAAACGCCGUUUUUCCAUAGAAUCUUUACUAGAGGAAGACAAUAACGGCAAUAGUGCAGUAGUACCUCACACCAUGGAUCACUUGCAUCGACCUCGUAGCCCACCAGAGGGCCAGCCUCGUGUUGGGCCAGAGCCCGGCCGUGCACGGUCCUUUCCUGCCCCUCCUGUUCCCCAAGGCCCACAGGCCAACCCAGACUACUCUGACAGUGAACAAGACGCUGUUGCGUCAGACCUCAGUGACUUCAUCCAGGUGGAGGGCUCCUCAUUUUGCAGUGAGAGUGACUUUGACCAUUGCUCACUAACUUCCUCUGAGAGCUUGUAUGGCUCUUCCACCCUUCACCACCACCACCACCUCCGUCAUCACCACCACCAUCACCACCACCAUCACCCUGCUCACCAAAGUAUAGGCCAGAGCCAGGGCUACCAACACCGUCACCUCAUCAGCUCCUGCAAAGGCCGCUGCCCGGCCUCCUAUACCCGCUUCACAACCAUGCUUCGCCAUGAGAGAGAACGAGCACGCCAGGAGCACCAGAGAUCUUCACAGCAGAGCCGCAGCAGCCAUUCACACAUCCAGAGCUCACAGUCCCAACAAGCGAUGUCCAAGCUGGCCUUCCUGGUCAGCCCAGUGCCUUUCCGCAGGAAAAAGGGCUCACCACCUACCUCUAGAAGAAGCAAUGGUGGCGGAGAGCGAGGUAGCAGACCCAAGUCCAAACAGGCCAUUUAUGAAGCACUAGAUGCAGCCUUGAGAGACAUUUAUGAGCACAUUCAAGCAGAGAGAGGCCACAGAGGGACUCGGGCGCCUGACGAUAGCAUCCUGAGGAGAAUACUGGCCGAACUGCUGCCAAAUGUGCCUGAACGAAGCUCCUCAUUGCGGGGGAGGAGGGGGUGUUGGCACGGGGGUCACUCCUCUGCAUCUUUGUACCCAGAUGGGAGCCCCACUGGGUAUGCCUCACACAGAGGGGAUCCCUCCACACCACGGCUACAGUCACCAAUCAGUGCCUGUUAUGGACGCCACUCAGACACCUCAAACAAUAAUGAAUAUGGAGAGGAGCAGGGCAAUGGGAAUGGUCUCUGUUAUUCAGACCAGGAUGUCUCCAGGUGUUAUUCCACCAUGGAUGGACGCCACACACCCCAGAGUAGAAGACCUACUCCUGACAGAGAGAAACAGCCUGCGAGAGCCAUUUAUGAUUUUAAGGCACAAACAGCUAAGGAGCUGUCAUUUAAGAAGGGUGAUGCAGUCAACAUCAUCCGGCAGAUAGACAACAACUGGUAUGAAGGAGAGCACCGUGGGCGGGUCGGGAUAUUACCCAUAUCAUAUGUAGAAAAGAUGCCAUCCUCAGAGAGGCAGCAACCAAUUCGUCCUCCUCCGCCAGCACAUGUCAGAGAGAUCGGAGAGGCAGUAGCUCGCUACAACUUCAACGCUGAUACUAACGUGGAGCUGUCUCUCAGAAAGGGCGAGAGAAUAAUUGUGAUAAGGCAAGUGGACCAGAACUGGUACGAGGGGAAGAUCCCAGACACAACCAAACAGGGCAUCUUUCCUGUGUCCUACGUUGACAUCAUCAAGCGCUCCCCAGCCAAGAGCUCCGCCCACCACAUAGAUCCACAUGGUUACCCGAGCAGCAGGACACCAAGUUCUACACCUGUCAAGCGAUUAGUACAGGAUGCGCUCCAUGGCGGAGGAGACCCGUACCAGGCCGUGUACAACUAUCUGCCUCGCAACGAGGAUGAGCUGGAGCUGAAGGAGGGCGACAUUGUAGAUGUGAUGGAAAAGUGUGAUGAUGGCUGGUUUGUUGGGACCUCUCGAAGGAGCAAGUUGUUUGGAACCUUCCCAGGAAACUACGUGAAGCAGCUAUAAUGAUGAUUCCAGACUCCCUCCCCUCCCCUCUGGCCCCGCCCCUUCCUGUGACACGUUCAUCGCCCUCAGCACAGCACCCGCAGGACACCACCUACCAACACUGGUCCCCCAAGACCUGUCGCACAUUUCUGUGUUUGCGUGUUAUGUGUGGCUGGUCAGCUUCACACAGACAGAACAUUUAGCUCUAACUAGCCAUCUUUAAAGGAAGACUUCUAUAAAAUAAUGUUGUUUUUUUAAUCUUAUCUUUUUAUCCUUAUUUUUCUAUCAUGGAGAACCCAAACUUUGUGCUCCAGUCAGUGACCUUUAACUUUUGACUGUGAUAGAAGGAUGUGAAAGGAACUUUGCAAACAGUCAAAGAUAGAAAACAGGGCACGGCAGCGAUGCUUUUCUUCCUGUUAAAGGGCAGUAAGAUCACUUUUUUUUAUUUUCCCGCAGUAUCUCAAACAUAAAAACACUUGUUACAUUUCAUUUCAGUGUUCACUAACAAAUAUCCCCAAAGACGUUACAGUGCAGAGAGUGUUGUAAACAGUAUUCUGUCAGCAGGUAUGUUGUGUACAAGCUGUGUUGAAGGGAUUGCAGCCAUGCAGCUGAUAUUUCAGGUAAAAGGAUGUUAGAUCCCACGCUUACAGGACUGUAAAGACUGUGCAUGUAUCAAUGUUAUGUGUCGCCCGAGGUGCUGAUUGGUUGAUAAGAAUUUGGGGAUAUGAAACACGAUCAUUAUGAAGCAAUCAUUUCAAAUAUCGCAAAUGAGGAAGUGGGAAAAAUAUCAUUGGCACUGUUGCACUUGCUGUCUAAACCUAAUACAAUAGAUUUAAAGUGUAAGAUUAGAAAACACAAAAAUAUUUUGGACUUGUUGGUUCUUCAUCUUCACACUAGGAUUAAUGCACUUUAACGAAACUUUAACACAAUUUCGUGUGUUUUAUCUCAAAUGUCACUUCAGAUUUUACACACCAGGUGUUAAAGGUUCAGUGUGAAGGAUUUAGUGGCAUAUAAUGGCAGAAAUUUAACAUAAUAUAACAAUUAUGUUUUCUUUAGUGUAUAAUCACCUGAAAAUAAGAACAGUCGUGCCUCCAUGACCUGAGAAUGAGUCGUUUAUAGAGCCGUACGCAUGCCUCGUUUUGCGCCCUUAAAUUCAUUGUUUUCAAUGUUGACAAGCGCCUACGUUUCAGGGCGCAGCAGCUGUGCCCCAAGAUAAACCAAGUGUAACUUUUGGAACACAGCAGUGUGCAUGCCAAUCACAGCAGACAGAUACCUUUCCCUUUCGUAAAUCUCAGUCUGUGGUAACUAUAGAAAAGUUGAUUAUUUUGGUGCAGGACUGCCAGAGCUUUUCAUCUGUCCCACGGACAGCGCCUGGAAGAAGAUCAGCUCUGCACUCAGGAUUUCAGGUUAAUAGGCUAUGAUACGGUGCUUGUUGAGGUUGCUUGGCAACCGCAGACACAACAUGCCGGCGCACUCCUGAAAGCUGGCUCGAAAAAGGCACAAAAGAAGUGCCCAGGACCCGACCUCAAAUUUCCCAGGCGGUUAAAGACGCAGCAUGUGUACGGAUCCCGAUAUCUACAUAGGGAGCGGGUUCUCAUCCACGGGGAUGGCUCUGUUACACCGCCAUGUUUCUACAGUGGCCCAGAAUGGACAAACUAAACACUGGCUCUAGAUAGGGUCAUUCCCGUUCUUUAGAUUUUCGGCCAUUGUAGUUAGCAGCCCCUUUGUGACGAGCAGUGUUGGAAAAACACUAAUUGUUUUUAACGUGAAACUGCAUUAUUCACUGUUUACCAGUUUUAAUCACCCGGCCCAUUUGUCUCGGAGAGGAGGAGACCUCUGCUGAUAAUUUAGCGCCUAAACAAUCAACACCAAAGGAAUCUUAACCGGGAGUUUACGUUUGGUACAUGGCAGAAGUUCAAUUUGUUGUAAUCUGCAGUCCUCACCACUAGAGGCCACUAAAUCCUUCACACUGCUCCUUUAAAAUGUCUGUGGGCCUUUGCAGUAUAUUGGUCAUGUUUGAAAAGUGUAUGCAUAAAGGCUACCAACCUUUUAGGUAUUAUAUUUAUAAGAGGACAAGUGCUGGUUGAACUGUGUUAUGAGACGAUUUUAGAAAAGAUGGAACAACAGGAUGCUUUUCUAACAUCUUUGAACAGCAGCAAACCCACAUAUGAAGGACUAUUUUAUUGUAUCAAUGCCCAGAUCAGUGCUGAGUGACAACAGGACAGUUCAUGAUGGUGUCAUUAUGUUUUAUGUUGAAUUAUUUAAGUGAGACGCAGGAUGAGAUAGCGUUUUACGAAACAAAAACUCCAGUCACACAACUGCGGUUUUUCCACUAGAUUUCGGUGGCAUCUUCUAACCCUGUUGUCAGAGCGCGUGGGUCACUGUUUCAUGUAGUUAUAUACUAUUUGGAAUUAUCGUCAUCUUAGCUUGCUCAGUGAAUAUAUUUUAUGUUUUUGUUUCUCAUUUUACGUGUUUCACAUAGGAUGGACACUGACAACAAAGCAAUUGUUAAAGCACCUUAAGAUAUAUUUUGUUUUAUCAUUCAUUGUCCUUCACGUCACCCCCCUGUCAUCCACUAUCUCAGCUGGUGUGACAACACUCCAUGUGUGUGCGUGUGUGUGUGUGUGUGUGUGUGUCUGUGGUGUUUUUGUAAGCCUUUUGUAUGAGAGCUGUAAAAUGGCCAACAUCCACAUGCUUUAUAAAGUCAGCUUUUUCUCACCCACCAUCA